AAGCCGAACUCCAAGUCCCAAGUCCAAUUUCCACACUUAUAUAUAUGAACCCCAUCAACUCCUGUUCCUACCAUUACUGCUAUUUCAGUCUUAAGACAUAAGAAAAAAAGAAAAACAUUUGUCAUCUCCAGCUUGAGUAGUAGUAAAGAUGGACAGGAGAAAGUUGUGCCUAAUAGUAGCUCUGCUCCUCUUAUCCAUCUUUUCACAAGCCACCAUUGCUCAAACCGAAGGCGAUGGCAUGCAGGAAAAUGCAGUCACUGAAAAUCCUGAUUAUGUUGUGUUGGAUCCAUUGCCAGGUACAGGACAAGAACGAGCGUUCUGCACAGUUCCGGGAGUUUGCUACUACAGAACUCUCACCUGCCCAACAGAGUGCCCCCAAAGGAAGCCUAAACAUAACAAGAGGCAGAAAGGAUGCUAUAUUGAUUGCACCAGCAAGUGUGAAGCAACUUGCAAGUGGAGACUACCUAGGUGUGAUGGUUAUGGUGCUCUAUGCUAUGAUCCAAGAUUUGUGGGUGGCGACGGGGUGAUGUUCUACUUCCAUGGAGCAAAGGAUACCGACUUUGCCAUUGUCUCAGAUGACAACCUCCACAUUAAUGCACAUCUAAUAGGGAUUCGACCAGAGGGAAGGAAGCGCGACUUUACAUGGGUUCAAGCAUUGUCAGUCAUGUUUGACGCCCAUACACUAGUCCUAGGAGCAAAGAAAGUGUCACACUGGGAUGACAAGAUUGACGCUCUUAUCGUGCAGUGGAAUGGUGAGACAGUUAAUGUCCCGACAGAUGGAGAUGCUGAAUGGAGUGUUAAAACUGCUCAGAGAGCAGUGGUAGUUGAAAGGACAGAUGAUCUUAACAGUGUGAGGGUCACGGUUUCCGGACUGUUGCAAUUGGAUGUGAAGGUAGUGCCAAUAGGAGAGAAAGAAAACAAGGUUCACAACUAUCAAAUACCAGCAGAUGAUGCUUUUGCUCACCUAGAGACACAGUUUAAGUUCUUCAAUCUAUCCAAAGAUGUUGAAGGAAUUCUUGGCAAGACUUACCAGCCAGGCUAUGUAAGUCCAGUCAAGCGGGGCGUGCCAAUGCCAAUCAUGGGCGGCGAAGACAAAUAUCAGACACCGGCACUGCAUUCAGCUCUCUGCAAGAAAUGCAGAUUCCAAAGAUCCUCUAGUAUUGCCUCAAUUUGAUGAUCUUGAGGAAGAUAUUAACCAAUGAGUGUAGUACUGGACUUCGUUCAGUCAAUAGUCUUUUUAUUGUAUGUUAACUAAAUUAUUGCUAUAAAUCUCAUUGUAUUUGGAUAUGUUACUAAGAAUAUGUGAAUAAAUGAUGUGGAAAUCACAUAGAAAUUUUCGAGUU